CUAAUGUGACUUGGGCCACGAAGAUGAACAUCUAAUCGAACUCGGUGGUCUAGCGUUUAUGCGUUGACAGUACUACCUGCGCGGUGCCUAUUCGCUUGGCCGUUUCUCAUCGUCCUACCAAAACAGGAUGGCUGCCCCGGCUCUAGUAUCGGUGCUGCCCACCGAGAUCAUCAUCCUUAUCUCACAAAGCAUUGGGAGUCGAAAUGAUCUUCUUAAUUUCUUAUAUACUUGCCGCCAUCUGUAUAAUCUGCUGCUUCCUCAAUUGUAUCGGGAGCCUGUCGCUCCACACGAUUACGCCGGCCUGGGCGAGAUUCGCCGUGCUGUAUCAUUUGUUCAAACAAUCUUACGACGUCCGCACCUAGCGCGGUCGGUUCUCCAUCUCUCCCUUGAGCUUCAGGAAACCGAAUUGACCUGGGUGGGGCCAUGUGCUCUAAAUCCAGAUCUUGAAUAUGACGAUGUUCUCGUCGGAGAGGCCUUGAAUACGGCCGCCAUCUCAGCAGAGGACCGGGAGGAAUGGGAAAUCGACAUCGCUGGAGGAUAUUGCGAUGCAUGGCUGGCACUGCUUUUCCCCGCUCUGUCUAAUCUGAAGUCGCUUCGCUUCGUAUUUUCAGCAAAGACGAGGUUCAUACCACGAAUGCUAGAAAGAGCUAUAAAUAGACAGCGGCCAUUCACGACUCGGGAUCCACUGUCAACUCUCAACGAGAUCACGGCGCUAUGGCAUGUCGAAUAUUACGAGGAUGAUAGCGAUGGUGUCUUUCAUAGCUCGUAUGUGGCAUUCGAUAUCACACAGUUCGCAAAAUUGCCGGCUCUGCAAACCCUCCGUGGACAUCAGAUCGCAUUCCCGCCAGUCCAUGGAGGAGGAGCGGACCAAGAACUUUCACUUCAACCCGGGUCAUCGCCCAUUACCAAGCUUAAUAUAUCCUCGGGUAUGAGCGAAGACGGCCUGCUAGGCCUGAUAAAGUCCUGCAAAGCUAUAAAAUAUCUUAGAUAUACUGAAUUCACUCCUGCUGCUGGCUUCCGUCCCGAUUGCUUUCGCCGGUCUCUCCCGCUUACCAAGGGGUCUCUCGAGGAGCUCUGGAUAGAUUACGGUGAUUACAGCUAUCCAUACUAUGAAAGAGAAAAUGACUGGAUUGGAUCAUUCCAGGAUUUCUCGCGCCUGAGAAAACUCCAUAUCCGUCUUCCGAACCUUUUCUCAUGGUCGCCCAGGACCACCAGUCAUCCCCAUAUAGUCCCCAUGCAGCGGUUGACCAGUCUGUUGCCUCCAUCUAUCGAGACCUUGUGUAUUACUGAAUGCAUCGGUGACCAAGGACAUGCCCUCGUCUCGCAACUGGAAGAUCUCGUGAGGAACAAACAGACCUAUACGCCUCGACUAAGCCAGAUCGAGAUAUACAUUGAUUUCUUGAUCGAAGAAGAAAUACACGAUAGUAUAGAGUAUGCCUGUGAGAGGAAACAGAUUGAUUUUGCUGUUCGCAGGUGGUGGGAUCUCAAUGAUGUGACAUAUCCGAGUCGAGAUGACGGCUGUAUACUACAAGAUACUUUUUGGUUCUUUGAUUACUGAAAUGCUCUGGGCGUCAAUUGUUCAUUUCGAAGAAUAUAUAGAAUAUAAAGCAUGUAUUAUCCUCAUACUUUGU